AUGGUAUCUGUUUUAUUCAAAGUUUUGGUGGAACAUGUAUUAUCGAUCCGAGUCAAACUUAAUAUUACUUCUGAAUAUUUUCGAAUUUAUGAGGGUUUUAUUGUGAGUGAUGAAAAAACGAGUGAAAUUAUCAUUGACAAAUUAAUAAAUUUUCUUCGAAAUUAUAUGCCGAGUUUGCAAGAGCUAUCGUUUCGCCAUGCGCCUUGUACAUUUACACUUUCUAAUCUAAUCCAGCUUGCAACAGUUGUACCAAAUUUGAAAAAAUUGGAUAUCAGUCGAUUGGGGAAUUGGCCUUUUUUUGAAAAAGGUGCUGUACUGGCUUUACCUUAUUUUCGAAAAUUAACAUCGCUUCGAAUGGAUGCUUUUCAAACGAAUAUUUGGCCUGGAAAGGGAUGUGCAUAUCGUAUGGAAAUUCUGCCGAUACGCGAACUUUAUAAUUUGGAGACCUUCGAAAUUGAAUGUGAAUUUGAUACUCUGACAAAAAUUUUGCAUAAGAUGCACGAAGCACAAUUUGUCCUCUUCAGAUUGAAGCGUAUUAGCUUUGGCGUCAAGCGUUGUUCUGCGAAUUUUUCGGAGCUUCUUAUAUGGUUUCUUAAUUCACAUAGAUCGCUUCGUUUCGUAAGAAUAUGUAACGCUCUUUUUACUACAUCUGAUCAGUUGCGACGAUUUUACAGCUGCUUGAUUCUGUUGCCAUUCUUAUGUGAAUUGCGAUUAGAUAACUGCACAUCUUGUGAUCGAAUUGAUUCCAACAUGCAGACUCAAUUCCGCAGAGCUUUAACUAAUAAAGGUGUUGUUCAGUUGGGCACUGUGAGAAGUAUGAGAUUUGAUCCUAAUAGUAUUUACUAG